AAACACUUUUUGGCAAGAUAUUAUAUAUUUGGAGGUCUUCUUCUCCUUCUUCUCUGUCAUCAUCAUUUUUGUUAAUUGAGAUUGAGGGAUCCAAGAUGUGGCAACUAAUGAGGGACACUGGCAUCACAACAAGACCAUUGUUCCUCCUUUGUGUUCUGCUUCUGUUCCAGCUGUUACACAGGCCCUGUUUCUCUAUUGGAGGCGAUACUCUUUCAAUGAACCAGACUCUGUCAGAGGGCCAAACCCUGGUUUCUCAAGGUAGCAAUUUCGAACUCGGUUUCUUUACAAAAGGUACUCCACUUAGCUUCUAUCUUGGCAUAUGGUAUAAACAUUUCGCUGAGAAGAUCAUGGUUUGGGCAGCUAACAGAGAAAACAUGUUUUCUAAUACAUUUCCAUUAAUCCUUGAAUUCUCUGAAGAUGGUAAUUUAAUCCUGCACAGUCGUUUUGAUAAAGAUCCAAUUUGGUCAACAAAUUUUGUGUCACCAAAGUCAAAUUCCACUGAAGCAGUGCUUCAGGAUAAUGGAAAUUUUGUAGUUAGAGAUGUUACAAAUCCAUCUAUAAUAUAUUGGCAGAGUUUUGAUCACCCAACGGAUACAUUGCUGCCUGGUGCAAAGCUUGGCAUCGAUAAACGUACUAGCAAAACUCAAGUCCUUACUUCAUGGAAAAAUUCAGAAGAUCCUGCUCCUGGUAAAUUUUCUUUCGAGAUAGAUCGGGUUGAAAAAAAUCAAUAUUUUUUGGAGUGGAACAACUCCAAAAGGAUUUGGGGCACUGGAGUUCGGAAUAUUGGUCAUAGUUUUAGCUCUAGUUCUGUUGUUGCUGAUGGGGGAGAGUAUUCUUUCAAAUUUAUAUCAAAUGAAAACGAAAGCUACCUUACAUAUUCUGUUUCCAAUUCUUCUAUAUUUUUUAGACUUGUGAUGGAUAUGUCAGGAGAACUCAGGCUGCUACAAUGGUUUGCUGGCAAUUGGGAUUGGUGGGUAGUUUGGUCUCAGGGUUAUGCUUCUUGCGGGGCAUUUGGCAUCUUAAGAGAGAGGUUCUGGGGCUCAUUCUGUGAAUGUUUGCCAGGUUAUGAGCCAUUCUCAAUUGAAGAAACAACACUACUAAAUGAUUGGUCAGGUGGUUGUGUGAGCAAAACUCCAUUGCAGUGCGAAAAUGGUACUAAUAUCAAUGCGAUGACUGAUGGAUUUUCAAAAUUUCCAAACACAACAUUGCCAGAAAAUUUGAAAGUACUUCCUGGGAGGGGCCCUGAAUGGUGUAAAUCAGCUUGCAUGCAAAAUUGUUCUUGCACGGCUUAUACUUAUAAUAGUAGUGGGUGUUUAGUAUGGGAAGGGGAUUUAUUGUUUCUACAAAAACUCCGAUUUGGAAUCAACACUAAACAAGAUCUGUAUUUGAAACUAGCUGCUUCGGACCAGCUUCCAAAUGUUCGAGGUGACAAGAAGAACUUGAGGGUGAUCAUAGCAGUGCCGGUUUCGCUAACACUAAUUAUUUCUGUUGGGUUCAUAUACUGUUUAAUCAGGAGAAAGCUCAAACAAAUAGGGGAGGAAGAUUCAAGUGAGGACUUAUUAUUAUUUGAUUUUAGUGCUAGCGCUAGUGCUAAUGCAGCUGCUGAGACAAACACCGGAAAUAAUCUAGGGAGAAGUGGGAAGAAGGAUGUUGAGUUGCCAUUGUUUAGCUUUGCGAGUGUGUCUGCUGCAACGGGUAACUUCUCCGCCGCAAACAAGCUCGGAGAGGGAGGGUUUGGACCUGUUUACAAGUUACACAUGUUUCUUAAACAGGGUAAUUUACUCAAAGGGCAAGAAAUAGCAGUCAAAAGACUUUCUCGAACAUCUGGACAAGGGCUCCAGGAGUUCAAAAAUGAGACACUAUUGAUAGCCAAACUCCAGCAUCGAAAUCUUGUUAAACUCUUGGGUUGCUGCAUUGAGCGAGAUGAAAACAUAUUAAUCUACGAAUAUAUGCCCAAUAAAAGUUUGGAUUUCUUCCUAUUUGGUCCAAACAAACAAGGGAUGUUGGAUUGGAGAACAAGUAUUCGCAUCAUUGAUGGAAUUGCUCAAGGACUUCUUUACCUACAUCAAUAUUCAAGGCUUCGUAUAAUUCAUAGAGAUCUAAAGGCCAGUAACAUUCUUCUAGAUAGCGAAAUGAACCCCAAAAUAUCAGAUUUUGGCAUGGCAAGAAUUUUUGGUGGUAAUGAAUCACAAGCAAACACAAACCGUAUUGUUGGAACUUAUGGGUAUAUGUCCCCUGAAUACGCAAUGGAAGGCCUUUUCUCCAUAAAAUCUGACGUGUUUAGCUUUGGAGUAUUGUUGCUUGAGAUCAUGAGCGGCAAGAAAAACACUGGUUUUUAUCAUAGUGACUCUCUUUUCCUCCUUGGAUAUGCAUGGGAGUUGUGGAGCGCUAAUAGAGGGGUGGAGUUGAUGGACCCACUAUUGGGUAAUCCUCCUUCUGCUACUACAUUGUUGAGAUAUAUUAGCAUAGGGCUUCUAUGUGUCAAAGGAAAUGCAAAUGAUAGACCUACCAUGUCUGACGUUGUCUCAAUGCUUACCAAUGAAUAUGCACCUCUACCAAUACCUAAGGAACCUGCAUUCUUUACUGGCCGAGGUGUGAUGAACACGAAUCCCCCACUUAGUAAUGCUGAAAACUGUUCAGUAAAUACUGUAACACUAUCAAUUAUUGAGGCCAGACGAAAUGACAAUCUCAUAUCAUAUUCCAAGACAUUUUUGUUUCAAAUAGAAAUCUUAAUAUGUUUGAUUGUUCUAUGAGAUCUGGUAUACUUUAUCUCUCUAUGCU